AUGUUUCACCAAGUAUUAAUCCCUGAACAAGAUCGAGACUGUCUAAGAUUUCUGUGGUGGAAGUAUGGCAAUCUGGAUGCCAACCCUGAACAAUACAGAAUGAAAGUUCACAUCUUUGGAGCCACUUCCUCUCCAACUUGCUGUAACUAUGCACUACAACAGACAGCUAAAGAAUAUGGUUCCGACUUUGAUCCUACAGUGGUGACCACAGUACUCAAGAAUAUGUAUGUAGAUGACUGUUUGGCUUCGGUUGACACAGAGAAGAAAGCGGCCUUACUCAUUAAAGAUCUGUCUACACUUUGUAGCAAAGGUGGUUUUCAUCUGACAAAAUGGAUUAAUAACUCAAAACAAGUCUUAGAAUCUGUUCCAGAAGAUGAUCGAGCUAAAGAUGUGCAGGAAUGGAACCUCAAAGGUGAAAGUGAAACACUUGUAGAACGUGCACUAGGUGUGUACUGGCUUGUUAACAGUGACCAUUUAGGAUUUCUGAUAAACAUUAAAAAUCAGCCAACAACCAGAAGAGGAAUUCUAUCAAUAGUGAGCUCAAUAUUUGAUCCUCUUGGUAUCGUGUCACCUUUUGUGAUGACAGCAAAGACACUUCUUCAAAAAAUGUGCAAAAAUUCAAUUGGAUGGGAUGAAGAGAUUAAAGGAAGUCAGCUUAAGGACUGGAAAAAUUGGCUGACACAAGCAAAAGAACUUGAAAAUGUAACACUUGAAAGAUGCUACAAGCCACAAGACUUCGGGAGGACGACAUGUCAGGAGUUGCACUGUUUUGCAGAUGCAAGUGAAGUUGGAAUAGGAGUUGUUAUAUAUCUACGACUCAUCAGUGAGACUGGACAAAUCCACUGUUCCUUUGUUCUUGGAAAGUCAAGAGUGGCACCGUUAAAAACAGUGACAAUACCGAGGCUUGAGUUGACGGCAUCAACUUUAGCAGUGAAAUUAUGUAAGAUAGUUACAAAACAAUUGGAAUACCAAGUUGAUCAAGUUUACUUCUGGACAGAUAGCAUGUCAGUUCUUCGUUACAUAAAUAACACAAAAACUCGUUUUCAAACAUUUGUUGCCAAUAGGCUUGCCAUAAUUCAUGCAGCAACUACAGUCAACCAGUGGCACUAUGUCAACUUUAAAGAUAAUCCAGCAGACUCUGCGUCAAGGGGAAUACCAGUAGUAAGUAGAUUUCUUGACUCAGCAGCAUGGUUCAGUGGUCCUGAGUGGUUAUGGAAAGCAGAUGUUUCAUGGCCGUCUACUGAAAUCAUUAGCGACUCAUCAGAAAUUGACAGUGCUGAAAUAAAGGACAGCGUCAACACAGCAGUUGAAACAGAAACAGUAGAAGGAAUGGAGAGAUUACUCCAGCACUUCUCUUCCUGGAAAAAGCUGAAAACAGUGACUGGAUGGCUACUCUUAUCGCGAGAAAACCUCAAAGGAAUAAUGAAGAGGAAAAGAGAAUGGAGAUCAAGAAUGAUAUCGGAGGGAUUGACAGAAGAGAAAAUACAAGAAUUAGAAAUGAAGGAAAAACAUUCUUGA